UACGGGAGGCGGGCGGAGCCUAUGGGCGGUGGGCGGGGCUUUCUGGCAGUGGGCGGGGCUUGCGGCGGCGCAGCGCUCCGAUGGCGGUGAGCCGGGCGCUCGCCCUGCGCCUGGCCUACGCGGCCACCGGCUGCGUGCUGGGGCUCUCGGCCUUCUUCACCUGGAGCCUGGCCCCCGCCUUCCGCCAGCCCGCCACCGCCGCCGCGGGGGGGCUCUCCGGUGUUCUGGCGCUCUGGGCCCUAAUCACGCAUGUGAUGUAUGUGCAGGAUUACUGGAGGACCUGGUUAAAAGGGCUGAGGUUCUUCCUCUUCAUCGGGAUCCUCUUCUCAGCCCUCUCAGUGGUGGGGUUCUGCACCUUCCUCGUUCUGGCCAUCACCAAGCACCAGUCCCUGACUGAUCCCAGAAGCUACUACCUGUCGUGCGUCUGGAGCUUCAUCUCCUUGAAAUGGGCCUUCCUGCUCAGUUUGUACGCCUACCGGUACAGGAACGAGUUUGCAGACAUCAGUAUCCUCAGUGACUUCUAACACUUGGACUUCAAUCCCGUCUGAAGGUGCUGGAGGUCUGAUUUGCAUCCCCGAAGGCAUGGUACAUGCGAGAGAUGUACAAGAGGCGGAGAAGGAACUCACCCAGUGCUGCUUGGUUUGUCUGUCUGCAGUAGGGGUUCUUCCUAAUUGCUUUUACUCAACCAUUUAAAGUUUGGCUAACGAUGUCAAUCCAGUCUUUCUGUAACUUUCCCGGGAGUCCCUGUGUCUGGUAGUGGGUCGAAAGACUCCAUCUGCUUACACACAGCAGGCCCAGACCCACUCUUUGCGUUGCCCUCAAGUCCUUGGGCUUGCACUUGGGGAGAAAGCCCUGGACAGCACCCUGACACCUCGUGCUUCCGAGGGAAUUGCCAGGUGGGUGCCCCAGAUGUGCGUAGAAACCCUGCUGGGUGGAAGUCGUCGUCCAUUUUGCACUGCUCUGCUCCUCAAACGGAGAGCCUUCCUUCGUAGCAAGUCCCUGAGUACCUUCCAGCCAGUACCAGGCAUCUUCCAGUACUCUCCUUUUACAACUAGUAGUAGGAGUAGUACACAAAGUCUGGAGGAUGUGUAGAGCCCCAGGGGACGGGGCUGCAGCAGAGAAGUGCCAGUCAUCCCCUGCCUCUGUCAGAGGUGGAGAGUGCUGAUUCUGGCUGCUAACCUAGAAGGAAUUUAAUAUUUAAUGCUAAAUUUUCUAGGAAGCAGAAUAAGGUGUUUGGGUGGCAGGUGUGCUGGGUAAGGGCUUGCUUACCUGAACCUCAGGAGAAACCUGAAUAUGAUUCUUCUAAAAAAGUAUUUCUGUAGGUAGCAGUGUUUCCUUUUCUUUGCUCGGCUUCCCUGUAUCGGAGAGCAGGAUGAGAGGGAAAGGAGAUACGGUCCUCAAAACUAAAAAAGGUAUCCAGCAAGCCUCCAAAACAAGCGCCCGAUGUAGGCACCGUCUGUGCUGCCACUGGUCCCUGCUUUGCUUUGGAAGGCGAGAGGUUUGAGCACGUAAUAAUUAAAUUAAGCUGAUGGGGUUAUUUUGGAAGCAGCUGACAACACCUGGAUAGCAUUCCCCAGUUUUUUGGGUGGGAAGGUCCUCAACUUACCCAGCUCGCGGGACAGCGGGUCAAUGCGCAAAGCGAGGUGUUGCCAGCCUUGCCGGGGAACCUGCUGGAGGCUGCUAACCCCCGACAAAAGGCUGUGUACCUGAAAUGCGCUUAUGAGGUUAAUACUCAGGCUUUUAAAUCCUAAAAUCUCCCGUACUGCUGACGUCGGGCUGCCAGCGUGCCCGGCAGGAGAUGGAGCAGCCGAGCUCGCUUCCCUGCCACGGAACCGAUGCGGGGUUUGCGAGAGGUUUUAGGGUAGGGAGUUUCAAGAAGCCAUCUCUCGUCUUAAAUUUCCCCAGCACGACUCUGCCCAUGUGUUCGCUGUCCGGGUGCAAGCCCCAGCUCUGAAAACUGCGUUGUGGUGUCCUCGGGAGGCAGAAAUCCUUACGGGCAGAAAGCCUCACAGCAAAGCGUUGUCCCUCUGUGUCCCCACACUGCAGCGCCCUCCUGCCUGCACGCCGCUGGCAUCCCUCAGCAGCACAUCGGGGCUCCCUUCCCGGGCACGUGUCCAAAAGUCCCCUCGGCUGACCCCGGAGGUUUUUUAAAGUUUAUUUUUGUGACACUAAAUUUGCCUACGAAACAGCUCACUGAAUCUAACCCCCCCCCAGUUUUCUCCCUGACAUGUUUUAGCUCUGGAAUUUAUACUUCCAUCUCAGCUUUUUAAAAGAUCGUGUAUGUAAAUAUAUAAUAUAUUUUUACAUCGUUUACGCUUUGUUUGCACGCUUGGUGUAAGACUUGGUCCUGCAGCGGGAUGGUGUGAUUCACAGCGGGGUUCGUUUGUGUGUAUCCUAGUGUCUCCUUGUACUAAGCUACGCUGUGUAACUCGUGUGUGACACCACGAUAAGAGCAGAAAUACAGUCGUCUUUCUCACCAAA